CAAAGUAUGACUCAAGGAGACCUUUCUAAGCAUGCUAGUUCCCUCAUUAAACGUGUUCAAAUUAGUACUGCCUACCAUUGUUGCCGUUGACCAACACUCAUAUGCAAACAAUGCAAACAAGACCUUCGCCGGAUCAUUCUGAUAUUUCAACAAAUACCAGCUGCUGUACAACCCAGUCAGGAUCGAGGUAUGCCUGAGGUGCACCGACUGGCUGAGGGAUUCCUGCACUUCUUCGUCUGCUUCGUAUCAAGACAGAACCCACACUCAUUAUGGCUCGGUCUUCAUAGCCCACGGAAGGGAUUCAGUACUCAUUCGCAUAGAGAAUUUGAGUUUUUCUUAUACAUUAUGGACGGAAAGCUAGGGAAAGCUUGAAUAGUGUGUAAUCGCCAUCCUAUCUAGGACCUCUUAGUUCGAACCUAAAGACAUCUCACUCCGAUGCAUUCAUAAUGAACCCAUUUACUUCCUUGA